AUGCGAUGCCGCAGAAGUGGCGCUCCCGACCACGCCCGCGCGGCAGGGGUCGAGGCGGAGAUUCAGGCGUUCUGGGUGGCAGUGGGGGGUUGCACAUUCAUGCUACACGUCUCUUGGCACGGCCUCCAAACCGAAGCGCAUGCUGUGCGCAGGCCCCCGAUGCACGACACCGGAGAAGAGUUUGCGUGCGCAAGCAUCUUGUCAGUUGCGAAGUCUGUCCAUGGCCAAGCAGACACCCCAAGGGCCACAAGGCUUCUCUGCUGCUUGGAGACUUUGAUUGAGGCUCUGACGAAGACUAUUGCGGAGUUCGCGAAAAGCAAGCAACUGAAACGAGCCAUCAGCGUCUUUGAGAAGUUCGAGCCAUUUGAUGGCAGAGCAAUAGCGAUGUAUGGCGACGUGGAGAAUGAGGGGCUGCAGCCCAGCGUUUACACCUUCUCCAGCCUCAUCAACGCGUAUGUGCGCACCGCAGAUCUUGCGGGAGCUUUGGAGGUCAUGUCAGCCAUGAAGAAGCGCGGCAUCAAACCUAAUGUGAGUAUCUUCACGAUCCUGCUGAAAGGUUACAGCCAAGCAGGUGAUCUGCGUGCAGCGCGGGAGCUUUUGGACGAAAUGGUACAGCAGGGCGUCGCACCCGAUGCUCGGGCCGUUAAUGCCUUCUUUCGAGGCUGCGUUUACCAUGGUGACGUGCCGAUGGCAAGCGAAGUGUUCAGUGAAAUGGAGAGCAGCUGGCAGCUCAUCCCAGAUUUUACAAGUCUCCGCUAUGUCGUGCAGCUCUUUGGCCAGGGACUCCGGGUUAACACGAUGAAGGAUCUGAUGCAGAAGCUGCAGAAGGCCACCCCGAGCAUGCAAGACAGUGGCGCGAAGAAGAUGGGCCAGCAAGCUUGUAAAUUCUGGGCAUCUGGAACCUGUACAAAGGGGGUCAACUGCAAGUUCAGCCACGAUCUGGAAGCAUCGCCUGAGAUCCAGGAGAGGCUGCACCGAGAAAAGGCAGGUGCAAUGGCUGCAAUGAACCUAUCGCUGGCCCAUGCCGCAGCGAUGCUUGGCCGAUGGGUCUUAUGCCGGCGCGCACUCAACCGGGCAGAGGAGUUUUAUUCGUCAGAUGAUGGCAGCGGAAGCCAUGGCCUGUUUCAAGAGCUGAGUCGUGAAGAAGCUUGCAGAGAGAUUCGACGGAUAUCCCGUUUCCUCCAGCAAGAACAGCAUCCUGAGCCGUAUGCAUUCCUCUGUCGCACGUUUCUUUUCGGCAGCUCGUCGUGUUCAGAGAAGGCUGAGCUGGUGCAAUUGUGUGUCGACGAGCUUGUCCGAUCAUUCGGAUUGGGAGAGGUGCUCCUCCGGGCGGGCCUUUCAGAGGAGGAUGCGCUUGCAUCCUUCGGCAGCUGCUUUUCAAAGAAGUCGCGUCUGCGCAGUUGCCAGAUUUUUGCGAAGGGCCUCUGUGGGAAGAGGAAGACUGAUCACAGCGAUCCGUCCCUGCCCUUGAAGAUGGAGAUCUGCUCUGGGAACGGUGAUUGGGUCGUGGCUCAGGCCAAGGCUGAGCAAGGGCUCGCCAAUUGGAUGGCGCUGGAGCUGCGGCACGAUCGUGUGCAUCAGAUUUUCAGCCGAAUGGUUUUCCGCAAGGCACAGAAUCUUUGUCUUCUCCGUGGUGAUGCUGGACGAAUUGUUCCAGUGCACAUGAAGCCAGCAUCGGUAUCGCACAUCUUCAUCAACUUCCCCGAGCCACCUCACUUUUCAGGAGACGAGGCUGCAGAGAGCAAGAGUGAGCUGUUGACGAGCGGCUUCUUUUCUCAGCUCCACCGCGUGUUGCAGCAGCACGGCAAGCUCACGAUCCUGUCCGACAACUGGAGGCCCGGAGCGGAGUCGAGUGCAGAAGCUCCUUCGUGUCAUGUCGACGGCUUAGCCAGAGAGAGAGAGAGAGACAGAGACAGACAGAGCCUUUAA